AUGAGUGACGACGACGAAGGCGCGAACGCGUAUCAUUUGCGCACGUUUGCGCGUGACGUGGCGGUGCCGCAGUGCUGGCUGUACAAGCCUGGGGUGAAGCGCAACCCGACGUCGACGCUCGGUAGCAUCGCCGUGCCGUCGUGGCCGCUACCGACCGAGACGCUCGCGGCGCUGGCGACCACAUACGCAGGCCGCGUCCCGGCCAAGGACGUCGUCUUCCACGGCUUCUACGACAUUACGAGGCAUGAGGUCAUGGCUCAGUCCUACCUUCUCGGCCAACUGGACCCGGAGCAAGGCGAGUACGACGAGCCACUCGAGUUUGGCAAGACACUGGCGCAUUUUGCCAUCGAUACGACCGGUGACGCGUCGACGUUGACGCCAGCAACGAUGCAAGCGCCACCCCACACCUUUGCGACGGUCGUGUACUUUUUUCCAUCCAACUGCGUCGGCGGCGCCGUCACGAUCUCACUCGGCCACCGGACGACGACGUACGAGGCGCUCGACGGGCGCUUUCUCUCGUUCUACAACACGUGUGACGUGACGGUGAUCCCAUCACGUCGGGACACCGGUCUUUUGCCCUUCGGUCCCAAGGCACGGUUCACGGCACCGCCGCUACCGUCGAUCCAAGAGCUCCAGGUCGCCGCGCGCAACUACGCUCGCAAUGACGCCAUUGCUGUCACGAUCGGGCUCGAGACGCGUAGCUUGACGCCGACGUUUGAUUCGCUCGUUAGUCGUGACAAGGCAGUCGUCGACUUACUGCUUGUGGCCGACGUCUUUGACAUUGCCCUUGCGCGGGGCGGCAUAUGCAACGACAAGAACGAAGACGCUUGGCCGCGGCCCGAGACGUGCCAUCCGCUAUGCAAAACGCCGACGUCCGUCCGCCGGCACGAGUACGACGGCUGUUUCCUUCUCGUGUGGCCCAAGGCGAGGCGGUUGCGCAUCCUUGGCUACGGCCGCACGAUUGCGCUCUUGCGUGCCAAUGUGGACGGUGACGUAACCGAGCACCUCGGCUACGGAUCGCUCCAAGGCCUCUUUGAAGCAGCCUUUCGCUUCUUCUACCCGCAUUCGUGGAUCGACUAUGGUGGCGACCCGGAACAAGACACGUAUGCGAUGGCGUCGGUCGACCAUGGCGACGUGGAGCUUAUCGAGGCGUUUAUGGACAUUCACGAUCAUUGGGCUGACGACGAAAGCAUGGCGAAUUGGCUCCUCACGGUGCUCCGUCGCUUUGGUGCGGCCCGUUUCCAGCACAAGCUGCACAUGGUGAAGGCAGCAAGUGCUUUUGCGGCUCAUUUGGUGCACCUCGCGGCGACCGGCGACACGCUCGCGCAUUCAGUCGCAUUCGACUGCAUCCCGCUAUGGUGGCCUCGCAUGCUACGCGACCUCACGUCGAGCGACUGCUCCACGAAGAAGGAAGAGCUGGUCAAUUUGUUUGGCAUUGAAACGUACCUGCUCGAGCACCCGAUCGACGUGGCGACGUCGACGUACUUGCAUGAGCACUUGCCGGACGUUGUUGUGCACAAGGUGGCCGCGUACCUCACACCGCCACUAGGGUCGCUUUUAGAUACGGUCCGAGCCGACAAGUGCCUUGUUAACAACCUUCCGGCUGUCUUGUGGCCACAAAGAGACUCGCUCGGGCGUGUGCGCCUCGCCACGUGUGUGGACCUCGCCGUCGAGUAUUUGCGCUCGGGCGCAGAGCGGGCUAGCUGCUACAACGGUCACGUCCUCUAUCUGGCGCUGCUGACGGCCGGGACGCCAGCCUUUGCCACAGCCGACGCUGACGUGCAAAUGCGGCGACGCUGCUUUGAUUUCAAGAGCGAGUGUGUCUGCCUUGACAAAACAAAGCUGACGCCGCUGCAAGCGCUCGUCUUGGAAGAGUACUUGCGACGUCCCACGUACGGGUGUCUGUAG